AUGCCGUGGCGCCUGGAAGCCACGGAGGUGUCGUUGCUCACCCGGGCCAAGGAGGCCCACCGCAGGUCCCUGCCGCCCCGCCAGCUGCCCUGGGCGGCUCCGGCAGCGCCGCACGAGCCGGAGGCAGCCGCCACGGCCAAGGAAGUGCUGCAGAGCCUGGGGAACCCUCCACCUCUGCCGCCAAAGCCGCCGGCUGCCGGGUAUCCGGGCUUCCAGGGCCCCUUCGAGGGCGAUGCGUUCAGCCGGCGCUCCGGCAGCGCAAGGUCCAGCCGCUCCGACCUCCGCGCCGGCAGCAUGGACCGCAUCACGCAGCCCGGCUCCGCCUCGCGCGCGUUGUCCGCCUCGGGCGGCGUGUCGGCCGGCGGCCGGGCGUCGUCUUUGCGGAGCCGGCAGCAGACGCCGGCGGCGGCGGCGUGUCGGCGCUUGGCGUCCAAGGGGAGGCUUUGA